ACAUCGUGAUGGAGACUCCUCUUGAGAAGGCCCUGACCACCAUGGUCACCACGUUCCAUAAAUAUUCAGGGAGAGAGGGGAGCAAGCUGACCCUGAGCAGGAAAGAACUGAAGGAGUUGAUCAAGACAGAACUGAGUCUUGCAGAGAAGAUGAAGGAGAGCAGCAUUGAUAACCUGAUGAAGAGCCUGGACAAGAACAGCGACCAGGAGAUCGACUUCAAGGAGUACUCCGUGUUCCUGACUACACUGUGCAUGGCCUACAAUGACUUCUUCCUAGAGGACAACAAGUGACCAGGGUCCUCUCUCACCU